AUGGUUCGCGAGGACCAUCAGAACUUCCUGAGGUUCCUCUGGAUUAAGGGCAACGAUAUCUCCAGAGAAAUCAUAGAGUGCCGAAUGAAGGUUCACGUUUUCGGCAACAGCCCAUCGCCAGCUAUUUCAACGUAUGGCCUUCGACGGACUGCCCAACAAGCUGCCCCACGAUUUGGUGAAGAUGCCAGGAAGUUCGUUGAAAGAGAUUUCUACGUCGAUGAUGCGCUUAAGUCUCUUCCGAGCGAAGAAGAUGCCAUUAGUCUGCUGCAAAGAACGCAGAAAAUGCUUGCAACAGCUAACAUAAGGCUGCACAAGAUAGCUUCGAAUAAGCAGAAUGUGCUGAAUGCAUUUCCUCGAGAGGACCACGCCCAGGGACUGAAGAACCUCGACUUCGGCACAGACGCGUCGCUUACGCAGAGAAGUGUCGGACUACUGUGGGACAUAGGCGACGACAGCUUCGUCUUCAGGGCUCCUCGUCAGGACAGGCCAUAUACGCGGCGAGGAGUGCUGUCGACCGUCAACAGCCUUUACGAUCCACUAGGGUUUGUGGCUCCAAUAACGGUUCAAGGCAAGUACCUUCUCCGUGACCUCGUGACGAAGGGUUAUCACUGGGACACGCCGCUUUCGGACGAGAAAAAGCAGAGAUGGGACGAGUGGAAGAACUCUCGCCAGGCACUACAGCACCUUCACGUGCGGAGAACGUAUGCGCCAGUCUCGACGCUUGAAGCCGAAAGUAGGGACAUUCAUGUAUUUUCAGACGCGUCCACACGCGUGACUGACAAGCAAGGAAACAGACACGUCGGAUUUGUCAUGGGAAAGGCCAAGCUUGCUCCACAACCAGAACACACCAUCCCAAGGCUUGAGUUGUGUGCAGCAGUGCUUGCUGUAGAGAUGACCGAUUCUAUACUACGAGAAUUGGACUUCCAGCCGAACUCGGUCACGUUCUACACGGAUAGCAAAGUGGUCUUGGGUUACUUAUACAACGAAACAAGAAGGUUCUAA